AUGAAGCUCACAGGAGCUGGAGCGGGAGGGUCUUCCACUGCAUACUCUCUCUGGAAAUAUGCAGAUGCAUCCCUGAUUCCAGUCAAUAUCACUGUCUUCGAACGCAACUCGUAUGUGGGCGGUCGAUCAACAACAGUAAAUGUUCUAGACCAUCCGGCAUAUCCCGUGGAGCUAGGUGCAUCGAUCUUCGUCAAGGUCAACUACAACCUCAUGAACGCAUCCAAAGAGCUCGGUCUGUUUGUCGAUAGCGCCGACGUGGCCCGGCCCAAGGAAGCCGAUGAUAGUAUCGGCGUCUGGGACGGGAAGCAGUUUGUCUUUGUGCUCCAGAAUGACAGUUGGUGGAACAUUCCUAAGCUGCUCUGGCGUUACGGCUGGGCACCCAUUCGGACCCAGAGCUUGAUGAAAAGCACAGUCAGCAAGUUCUUGAGACUCUAUGAAGAACCUAUGUUUCCGUUCAGGUCCCUGACUGCCGCUGCCGCCGCAGUGGGCUUGCUAGACUCGACUUCAACCCCCGGUGACGUUUUUCUUAGGGAGAAUAACAUAUCUCCUGACUUCACUCGGGAGAUCAUACAAGCUAGCACACGAGUCAACUACGGACAGAAUCUGGGUCUCAUACAUGGCCUCGAGUCUAUGGUAUGCAUGGCUACAGAAGGAGCAGUGUCUAUCAAGGGUGGAAAUUGGCAAAUCUUUCACGGAAUGCUGAAGGCUGCGCGAGCCGAUAUUCGACUCAACCAUACAGUGACCUCCAUUCAACGUAAUGCCGAUAACACUUUAACUCUAACUUAUAAGGCCAACAACUCAAGGAAGCAGAAGCUCAUUUUUGACGAAGUAGUGAUCGCUGGUCCCUUGCAGCAUUCCGAGCUCUCGAUCACUCCUCCCGUGGAAAAACAACCGGAUGAGAUUCCUUUCGUAACACUCCAUGUGACCCUAUUCUCCUCACCCCAUAAGCUCUCACCCAAAUUCUUUAACCUCCAAGGGGCCAAUGCCCAGACCCCCGAAACCAUUCUUACCACCGUUCCCAGCGGCCUGGACCUAGGCUCCGAAAAGGCAGGAGUGGGUCCAACCGGUUUCUGGAGCAUCAGCACUCUCCAAACAGUGGACCACCCCCCAGCAUCCCCAGACCAGAACUCGUCGAAACACUACGUCUACAAGGUCUUCUCACCCGAACGGCUAUCAGCUGACUUCGUAAGAAGCAUCUUGGGUCUGGAGAGCCCUCCCGAUCCUGUGAAGAACAAAAACUCGACUAUUAGCGAUCUCUCCAAAAAGGAUAUCAGCUGGCAUCACGAGAAGAUCUGGAACCCGUACCCGUUCCUCUACCCACGAGUCACAUUCGAAGAGACACUCUUGUCCCCUAAUAUCUGGUACACCGGUGGGAUCGAGAGCUUCAUCUCUACGAUGGAGACAAGCGCGCUGAUGGGUAAGAAUGUCGCCACGCUGCUCUUCCAGUCAUGGCAGGAACAGAAAGAGGGAACUGUAGACGAUGACCCCGUCGUGGGCUGGGAAGAAAGGGUUGAGUUGUAG